AUGGCUCAGCAAUUACGUCGCGGAAGCUUAAUCGUAAGACCAAUCAGCGCAAAGCUCAUCAAAGACACCGCUACAGGGACUAUGGACCCAUACGUAGUGAUUAAAGUCGGGGCUCACGAACAGAAAACAAACUAUUGUCGGAACGGCGGCAAGACCCCUAACUGGGAUGAGCAGCUAAAUUUCAUUGUUUCUGGCGAAGACCAAAUCAAUAUUUCUGUGUGGGAUAAAAGAACUCUAGCAAAAGAUAAAGAAAUUGGAGAAACAACGGUCCCAUUGCAGACUGUUAUUGCUGCCAAGCAUUUUGAAGAUUGGGUGGAUUUGCUUCAUAAAGGAAGAAACGUGGGACAAGUCAGGCUCCAUCUGGUGUUUAAUGAAGAAUUCCAAGCUGGACAGCAAGUUGUGGGGCAGCAAGGUGUGGGUCAACAGCUCCCUCAAUCAGGAUUUUAA